AUGUCCAAAACAACCAUUCUUCUCACAGGAGCAAGCGGAGCAUUAGGGGCUGCGACUCUCGCCCUCCUCGCGACCGAUCCCAACGUCGAAGUGAUUGCUGUGCUCCGUUCUCUCGCGCGAUCUGAAGCAUCAUUGCGGUCCAGAUACGCUUCACAGGUCUCAGAAGGCCUGCUGUCCUUUGUGGAAAUUCCCGACAUGACCGUCCCCAACGCCUUCGACGAAUCCGCCAGGAAAGCCGACGCUAUCAUACACAUAGCCACGCCCUUAACGUACGACAACCUCAUGGAGACGAUGAUCAAACCCAGCUGGGCCAUUCUGCACAAUGUCCUGAGCGCGGCUGAGAAAUCAGGCGGCAGCGUGAAGAGAGUGAUCGUGACGGGAAGUAUGGUCUCGACCAUGCGCGUCGACGAUUUGUAUUCCUCUGAAAAGACCAUCUCCGAAGAGAGCUGGAACCCCAUCGGCCUGGAAGAAGCGGAGCUGAAUCCCCUCAAUGCGUAUUGCUACUCGAAGGUCUCAGCCGAGAAGAAGGCCUGGGAGUUUAUGAAGGAGAAACCACGGGACUUCGAGCUCGUCGUUUUACUGGCGCCGUCCAUAACGGGCAAGAGUCUGCAGCCAGGCUUCAAACCCGACAAGCGAAAUCUCGGUGGUCAGCCGGGUCUUUACAGAGGUCUGUUCGACUGCGACAAGCCUGGGUUCGUGUACCCGUACUUCAUGGACGUCGAGGAUGUCUCGCGUGUGCAUGUCCAGGCUCUUUCGCCCAGAAUCCCAGGCAAUGAACGAUACAUGUUCCACUCACCCGAGCUGAUGAUCGGUGACGACAUUGCGCGCGCGGUCCGAGAGAAUUUCCCUCAGCUGAGGGAUCGGGUUCCUGCCCCGGAAGAGGGGGCAGCAGGAGCAGCAGCAGACAAUAAUAGUGGAGUGUCGCCCAACCUGGUCAAGACGGACAUGUCGAAAUUCGAGCAGGCGUUCGGCAGACAGCAAUGGAAGUCAGCCAGGGACUCAGCCCGGGAGACCGUCAAGGACAUCGUGGCGUAUGAAGAGAGGCAAAAACAGGCCGCACAAUGA